CCAGCGGCUGACUGCCGCCGGGGCGUGGCCCGCCGCUCCUUCGCUCCUCUCCUCCCGGCACCCUCGGGUUCCCCGUCUCCCUACCUUCCUCCGUUCUCUGCAUUUCCAUCUCCUCUCUCCCCUUGCCAUGCAUUUGUCUUCUCUGUCACCUGCACAUUGCUCUUUCUGUCUCCUCUUUCUUUGCCCUCACCAUAAAUUUAUGUUUUCUCUUCGUUCUCGAUUCCUGUCCCCCACUCCUCUGUCUCUGUAUUUCCAUCCCUCUGCACUUUCCACGACUUCAGGAACGCCCAGGCUGGGGGCGACAGCCAUCCGGAACCAAGCCUUUUGCUCUGGGUUUGGGAAGGGUCCCUGGGUUGGUGGCUGCGCGGUUGGUGGCGUUUCACAAGUGCACACACACACAGCAAAUUUCCGAGCUCGGAAUUUGCUGGCAGUUCGCCUCCUUGCCGCGCCAGACGCCCUGGGUAAACGAUUUGGAGGUUCCCUUGGGCUCCAUCUAUAGCUGCAGAGAGUCGUCUCUUGGGCGGCUGAAUGGUAGUUGAAAUGGCUCUAAGGCGGUGCUGCCCUUUCAGCUUGUGGGCCGAAGCUGACCAACUCCCCGACGGUGAUUGUCAUGGUGGGCCUCCCUGCCCGAGGCAAAACUUACAUCUCCAAGAAGUUGACUCGCUACCUCAACUGGAUUGGUGUCCCAACAAAAGUGUUCAAUGUGGGUGAGUACCGCCGUGAGGCCGUGAAGCAGUACAGCUCUUACAACUUCUUCCGCCCCGACAAUGAGGAAGCCAUGAAAGUGCGAAAGCAGUGUGCCUUGGCUGCCUUGAGAGAUGUCAAAAGCUACCUGACAAAGGAAGGGGGACAAAUUGCAGUGUUUGAUGCCACCAACACUACUCGAGAGAGAAGACACAUGAUCCUGCAUUUUGCCAAAGAAAAUGACUUCAAGGCGUUUUUCAUUGAGUCCGUGUGUGAUGACCCUACAGUUGUGGCCUCCAACAUCAUGGAAGUUAAAAUCUCCAGCCCGGAUUACAAAGACUGCAACUCGGCAGAAGCCAUGGACGACUUUAUGAAGAGAAUCAGUUGCUAUGAAGCCAGCUAUCAGCCACUGGACCCUGAUAAAUGUGACAGGGACUUAUCAUUGAUCAAAGUAAUCGACGUUGGCCGGAGGUUCUUGGUGAACAGAGUUCAGGACCACAUCCAGAGCCGCAUUGUCUACUACCUAAUGAAUAUCCAUGUGCAGCCCCGCACCAUCUACCUGUGCCGGCAUGGCGAGAAUGAGUUCAACCUCCAGGGCAAGAUUGGCGGGGACUCAGGCCUGUCCAGCCGAGGCAAGAAGUUUGCCAAUGCCCUGAGCAAGUUUGUGGAGGAGCAGAACCUGAAGGACCUCCGGGUGUGGACCAGCCAGCUGAAGAGCACCAUCCAGACGGCAGAGGCGCUGAAGCUCCCCUAUGAGCAAUGGAAGGCGCUCAACGAGAUCGAUGCCGGUGUGUGUGAGGAGCUGACCUACGAGGAGAUCAGGGACACCUACCCUGAGGAGUAUGCGCUGCGUGAGCAGGACAAGUACUACUACCGCUACCCCACAGGCGAGUCCUACCAGGACCUGGUCCAGCGUUUGGAGCCUGUGAUCAUGGAGCUGGAGCGCCAGGAGAAUGUGCUGGUCAUCUGUCACCAGGCUGUCCUGCGCUGCCUGCUGGCCUACUUCCUGGAUAAGAGUGCAGAAGAGAUGCCCUACCUGAAAUGCCCCCUUCACACUGUCUUGAAACUGACACCCGUCGCUUAUGGUUGCCGUGUGGAAUCCAUCUACCUGAAUGUGGAGUCCGUGAGCACACACCGGGAGAGGUCAGAGGAUGCAAAGAAGGGACCUAACCCGCUCAUGAGACGCAAUAGUGUCACCCCACUAGCCAGCCCCGAGCCCACCAAAAAGCCUCGCAUCAACAGCUUUGAGGAGCAUGUGGCUUCCACUUCUGCUGCCCUGCCCAGCUGCCUGCCCCCGGAGGUGCCCACGCAGCUGCCCGGACAACCUUUGCUAGGGAAGGCCUGUCUACGAACUGUCUGUCACAUUUUCUCAAAGUUUUCUCCUUACUAACCUUGGAAAGAACAUGAAAGGCUCCCGGAGUGGCGCCGACUCCUCCAGGGAACACUGAAGCAGACACAUCCGGUUCCGUUCCAUUUCCACUUCUGCAGCUUAGCUUGUGCCCACCUGUCUGCCUGAGGCCAAAACAAUCCCCAGGACUUCUGGACCAGGCGGGGGUGGAUGAGAAAGGGAGACUGCUGGCUGGAGAGCAGCUGCACCCCACGGUUCCCGGAUGGCCAAGGAGACAACAGCCAUGUGGAUCCCUGCUCAGGCCACGAGCUGCGGGCCUCCCCGCCCUCCAUGCUCCAGGGCCUUCCAGGGUGUCUGGUCUCAAGUUCUUCCAUCAGGCUUGAGGAGGACAGUGUGUAGAGGAGGUGAGAGGUGGGACCCCAAUGGACCCCACUAUUUGGUUUUGUUUCUGUGAUCCUGGCCUGGCAUUUGCUUAGCUGGUGAGAUUCGACUAGCAGAGAAUCCUGAAGUUAAAGGAGGGCAGAUCCUAGCUGCGGAAGGUGGAGACUCACGUGGCUCUUUGGUGCAUCUUGGCCUGGGAAGGUGCCUCAUGGAGAGAGACUUGGCUGCAUGCAGAGUUGGGACUUCUCCUGAGAAGUCGCAGAGCUGAUGUUCGCCUGUCAACAGAGCAGUGACGUGCUCGGACUUCCUGUAUGUCCACCUGCCUCCUCAGCCCUGAGUUCAAGGACAGACUGGCUUGUGUAGGCAAAAGGAGGUGUUUUGCAAAAACACAACAGAUGAGCAGGGCUCCCCCCUCCCCAAGGGUCUUGGGGUCCCUUUGUUCCCUACAUGGACCUGGAGGUGCCUGAGUGCAUUGCUGUCCCGGAGCUGCUUGCUUUUGCACAUUUUAAGGUGACCUGAAAGUCACACCUCUUCAGGACUUAGAGGCUGGAGCGUUAGGCCUUCAGGGGCUUGGAGCCUCUGCAUAUGAGGAGUCGGGCAGACCCAUGAGAUGGGGAAGCUCAGAGCAUUUGCAUUGUUGCAAAGCCAACUCUGUGCAAUGGCAUGGAGAAGAGCCAGCCUCCCUCCUUCUGGGCGCUUGUCACCACCCAUGUCCCUAACUGGGGUCAAAAGUCCCAGCUAGGCCCAUUUUAGGCUGCUUCCUCCAAGAGGUUGUCUGUCAAGUGUCUGCUGUGUCCCUGGCACCACUCUGGGUACCUUGGGGAUCUCAAGAGUGGAAUGUCAUCUUUGCCUUGUGUCGAUGGCAUCUGUGACAUGUUUGCAGGUACUGCUUGCAGGGAUUAUGGGACAUGUGGUUCUAGAUGCCUAUAGUUUCUGUCUGUUAGUUUCUCUUCCCUUGUUGCCUCAAAAAAUGGGGUAGGAGAGGGUAUCUUACAGAAGAAACUCAGCAGUACAGUUUGUCCAAAUGACCCUUUAAGGAUGUCUCAAAGCUGGUGCCAAAGGUCACUUUUCUUCCCACCUUCUGCUGUGGAUCCUGGGACCAUGCCCUUUAAAGGGACAGGCCUGGGGUGAGGGUGGAGACCCAGACACCUGAAGCUGAGCAUGGAGAGAAGAGCUGCUUUGUUCGUUGAGAGGAGCCCUUUAGAGACUGCAUGUUUCCCUAACUGGGAUUAAGUGGGACAUGGGGACACGCUUUAGAUACUGCACGAUUGAGGUUCGUAUUUUUCACACCUUACCCUUCAAUUCCUUCCUGCCCCACCACCCCCUACCCUUUUUUAAUUGGCAGUCUUCCAGAGAGCAGGACUAUCUAGGUGUACAGUCCUUACAGCGUAAGACUUGGGGUCCUUCCUUUCCCCAGUAUUUUGAGUCAGGUCAGGUUGUGUGUGCGGCACAUGCAUGUGCAUGAGUAUUUAGGCUGCUCAUAUUUUUGGACCUGAGAGCCCUGUAGCUUUGCACCUGAGGGUGGUCUCGUAGCUGCCACCCUGGCCCUAUCCUUUAUGAGCUGAUACAGGUAGGGACUCCUUGAGGGUGUGUUCCCCGCUCACCCCUGGGGACCCGGAAUCACAUGAAGAGGAUUUUGCCUAACAUAGGACUUUAGUUUGGUGGGAGACUAGAUGGGGAGAGCAUGUGGAUAAGGUCAGGGAGAGAUCUUGGAGAAGGGAGAAUUCUGCUUCAUUUGAAAGCCAGUAACCUGACUUUUGAAGGGGUGUCGGUUGGUGGGUGCAUCUGACAUGCAGUCCUGGAACCUCUGCUUCUCCUGUCUUACCCCCACCCCAACCUCCAACCCCCCCAAAAGAAAACAAAACUGGGACCAAUUUUUUAAACUUUAUGCCAUAUUUGUUUUUUUGGGUAAGUUUCCCCCUUUCCUUUAACCAUGGGCAAAGCAUUCUGGGGAAGAAAAACUGUUUGAACCACACCAAUGAUAUUUUCGUUUGUAAUACUUGAAAUUUAUUUUUUUAUUAUUUUGAUAGCAGAUGUGCUAUUUAUUUAUUUAAUAUGUAUAAGGGAGCCUAAAAAAUAGAAAGCUGUAUAGAUGGGGUUUAAUUGUUAACGGUUUUGGGGGCCUCUUAUGUAUGACUUAUGACUCCUGUGUUCUGUAUAUUUGUCUGAAUUAAUGACCUGGAAUGAAGCUGUGCUAGCUUUUAAACAGGGGAUGCCUUUGAGAAAUUUGUAUAUUUUGCAUUUGCCGGAUCAAUAAAAAUAACUGUUUGAAAUACA